UGUCCUGCAGGUCUAUGCAAUAUUAGUUAGCCACCCUCCUGCUCCCAACGAUCACCUAACACCAACACCUGUAUCAUACACAGCUGGCUUCUACAGGAUCCCUGUCAUUGGUCUGACAACACGCAUGUCUAUAUAUUCUGAUAAGAGCAUCCACCUGUCCUUUUUGCGCACGGUCCCUCCAUACUCUCACCAGGCCAACGUCUGGUUUGAGAUGAUGAGAGUCUUCAACUGGAACCACGUCAUUCUGAUAGUCAGUGACGACCACGAAGGUCGUGCUGCACAAAAGAAGCUGGAGACCCUCUUGGAGGAGAAAGAGUCCAAGAGUAAAAAAAGGAACUAUGAAAACCUCGACCAACUUUCCUAUGACAACAAGCGAGGACCCAAGGCUGAGAAAGUGCUUCAGUUUGACCCUGGAACCAAAAAUGUGACAUCGCUGCUGCUGGAGGCGAAGGAGCUGGAGGCUCGAGUCAUCAUCCUCUCUGCCAGUGAGGACGAUGCAGCCACGGUGUACAGAGCAGCAGCCAUGCUCAACAUGACGGGCUCGGGCUAUGUGUGGCUGGUGGGGGAGCGGGAGAUCUCGGGCAGUGCCCUGCGUUACGCCCCUGAUGGAGUGAUUGGUUUGCAGCUCAUCAAUGGGAAGAACGAGUCCGCCCACAUCAGCGACGCUGUUGCCGUGGUGGCACAGGCUGUGCACGACUUGUUUGAGAAGGAGAACAUCACAGACCCACCACGGGGCUGCGUGGGCAACACCAACAUCUGGAAGACAGGACCCCUUUUCAAGAGGGUGUUGAUGUCCUCCAAGUACUCGGAGGGUGUCACUGGCCGUGUGGAGUUCAACGAGGACGGGGACAGGAAGUUUGCCAACUACAGCAUCAUGAACCUGCAGAACCGGAAACUGGUCCAAGUUGGGAUUUACAACGGCAGCAAUGUCUUGACCAACGACAGGAAGAUUAUCUGGCCCGGGGGGGAAACUGAGAAACCUCAAGGCUAUCAGAUGUCGACCAAGUUGAAGAUCGUGACGAUCCACCAAGAGCCCUUUGUGUACGUGAAGCCCACGCAAGCAGAUGGGACAUGCAGGGAGGAAUUCACUAUCAAUGGAGAUCCUGUGAAAAAGGUCUUCUGCACUGGACCCAACGAGACCAUCCCAGGCCGUCCCACAGUGGCUCUGUGCUGCUAUGGCUUCUGCAUCGACCUGCUCAUCCGGCUGGCAGGGGUCAUGAACUUCACCUAUGAGGUUCACCUGGUGGCUGAUGGUAAAUUUGGUACCCAAGAGCGGGUGAACAACAGCAACAAGAAGGAGUGGAACGGGAUGAUGGGGGAGCUGCUGAGCGGCCAAGCAGACAUGAUUGUGGCUCCCCUCACCAUCAACAACGAGCGGGCUCAGUACAUCGAGUUCUCCAAGCCCUUCAAGUACCAGGGACUCACCAUCCUUGUGAAGAAGGAAAUCCCCCGCAGCACCUUGGACUCGUUCAUGCAGCCCUUCCAGAGCACCCUCUGGCUGCUGGUGGGGCUGUCCGUGCACGUGGUGGCAGUGAUGUUGUACCUCUUAGACCGAUUCAGCCCAUUUGGCCGGUUCAAAGUAAACAGUGAGGAGGAGGAGGAAGAUGCCCUGACCCUCUCCUCAGCCAUGUGGUUCUCCUGGGGGGUCCUGCUGAACUCUGGCAUCGGAGAAGGUGCUCCCCGGAGUUUUUCUGCCCGUAUUCUUGGCAUGGUGUGGGCUGGCUUUGCUAUGAUCAUUGUGGCUUCAUACACUGCCAACCUGGCAGCCUUCCUGGUGUUAGACCGACCUGAGGAGAGAAUCACAGGCAUCAAUGACCCCCGGCUGCGCAACCCCUCCGAUAAGUUCAUCUACGCCACGGUGAAGCAGAGCUCCGUGGACAUCUACUUCCGACGGCAGGUGGAGCUGAGCACCAUGUACCGGCACAUGGAGAAGCACAACUACGAGAGCGCUGCCGAAGCCAUCCAGGCAGUGAGGGACAACAAGCUCCACGCCUUCAUCUGGGACUCGGCCGUGCUGGAGUUUGAAGCCUCCCAGAAGUGUGACCUGGUGACGACGGGGGAGCUUUUUUUCCGCUCUGGCUUCGGGAUCGGGAUGCGCAAGGACAGCCCGUGGAAGCAGAACGUCUCCCUGGCCAUCCUCAAGUCCCACGAGAACGGCUUCAUGGAGGACUUGGACAAGACUUGGGUGAGGUAUCAAGAGUGUGAUUCCCGUAGCAAUGCCCCAGCAACACUCACCUUUGAGAAUAUGGCAGGUGUGUUUAUGCUGGUGGCUGGAGGUAUUGUUGCCGGGAUAUUUUUAAUAUUCAUAGAAAUAGCUUACAAAAGGCAUAAGGACGCGCGGAGGAAGCAGAUGCAGCUGGCGUUUGCGGCCGUUAAUGUGUGGAGGAAAAACCUGCAGGAUAGAAAAAGUGGUAGAGCAGAACCUGACCCUAAAAAGAAAGCCACUUUUAGGUCCAUCACCUCCACCCUGGCCUCCAGCUUCAAGAGACGUAGGUCCUCCAAGGAUACGCAGUAUCACCCCACCGACAUCACUGGCCAGCUCAACCUCUCCGACCCCUCAGUCAGCACUGUGGUGUGACCUUCUCCCUGAGGGCCAUCAGUCCUUGCCCAACACAGUAGGAAGGCAUAGCCAGGACUGCCUUUCAAGGGACACUGAUGGGUUCUUCCGGGUGAGAUGGGAGGAAAGCAUCCUUCAUCCAUACACAGUGACUCCAUUGUAUAUCUCCCUCCCUUCCCAGGCCUGCUGCCAUGCUCGUGCCCCAGAACGCACAGCAGAACCAGGACACGGUUUGGACUCCACUGUACAGAGAAUAUUGCUUCCAAGCAGAGUCACAAUAAUCAGGAUUGCCACUGACUGGCUCCAUGCAAGGGGAAAGGACUGCAGAAGGCACAUGGUGCCUGCUCUCCCAUGGUAGUGGGGAACAUCUGGUGCCAGACCACAAACACGUGCUCCACUGUGCAGGCUGCAGGCUUCUCAGUACACACGGCCCCUCAAACGUGUGCUCCAUGUUUCCCACCACCUGGAGGGCUCCAGUGCAACGUGCUGGUCCUGAGUAGCUGGAGCAGCCGGUGUGGUUCAGCAGGUUGGGCACAUGUUCCUGUUGUGCCAAGUAACCCCCACGUCUGCCACAGGGGCUGGAAGAUGUGUGCUCUGCUCCCCGCAGGGUAUGACCCCCUGCUCCUCCCUCCCAUCAGCUCCGGGCUGUGACUUGGCUCCUGUUCAUGGUCUGUUUGCAGCAGGAGCACUCCCACCCUGCAACCCAUGCUCCUGUGCUAAUUGUGGUACCCUGGAGCCCACAGCGUGCUGCCAGCCAAGGUCCCAGCUCCCCACCUCUCCUGCACAGAAGACACCCCCAGGACCUGGCCAUGGCCAGCAUGUAGCACUCACCUAGUGGCUCUCCUAGCCAGGAAUUCUCCAUGAGGAAUGGCUCUGGAUGGUUGCACUGACCUUUACCCAAGCUCCACACUGCCUCAGCACCAGCAAUGCAAGGAGAGACGCUGCUGGCUGGUCGUGGCUUGCUGCCUGCAGUGUCGGGGCACACGGCCGGCACUGCCAGCUUCCCUGCCACCCUCACCUGUAGUUCCAGCUUGCCAGUAGCGCCCAUGGCAGCCUUGAAGCCUCAACUCAUGGCGCUGCAUCUGCCUGAACCUGGACACAUGGAAACCAGAUCGCAGUUCAGGAGAAGGAAACCAAACAAGCCAGGCUGAUGCCAUUCCUUCCUGCACCUUCCUCCCCUCAAGCCUACCCCCAUGUACCAGCACCUCUGAGCACCCUCACUGUGGGCUCUGGGAGUGGGUGCAGAGACACCAGCACUGGGGGAAGCAUCUGGCACCAGCCAGGCUGGUGAUGAGCAGCUACUGCACAUGCACAGGCAGCAUCAUAUCCCGUCUCCUGCAAACAUGGAAAACCCACCUGCAAUGUGGUACCAAGCCCCAGUGGCAUGAACUGCCUUCUCCCUGCCCAGGCCAAGCAGACAGGGCUUCCCCCAGGGGCAAGCAGCCCCACAGGCAGGAUUUUCAAACGGCAGCUGAGGUCUGUGAGCAUCGUCCCACUGACUGCUGUGGCUCCAUCUAGUUCAUCUAGCUCCAGCUGAGAAAUUGAACCCAUUCUACUUUAUACGUCAAUGUAACAUUAAUACCGAGUUUUUGCAAGAGCUCAGUAAAGUCUAGACUGGAUCAUGAA